AUGUCCGAUUUAUUCCGAGGCCGGGCGUCCACCUGGAGCGCCGGUGCUCCCACCUCGGACCACGACUCUGACGCUCCGAGAGGUUUUCAUUACACCGAUACGGCGACGGCAACAGCGGCUGCGGCACUCGCCCUUCGCAGUGUCACUGCUUCUACCUCCGCCGCCACUACACCCGUCGACCAGCCAUCCAACAACAAUAACACUGGCGGCGCCGGGGGCUUUCACUACUCCCCUCCCACCGCGACCGAUCUCGGUACUCAGGAAUUCUCUACUUCUCGUCGUCUCGUCGCCGACAAGACUCCUGAAUCAACGACCUCUGACUACCCCCAAAACUUCUUUGCCAACACUGCCUCAUCACCAUCUCACAGUUCGAGAGACUGGAAUGCCAAUAGUGGUGGUGGUGGCUUUCAAUCCUCCAGUUUUUCAGUUUUAUCCGUCUCCGCUUCGUCACCGUUUGGUCAUCAUGCAGAAGGUGGUGGUGGCCUUUUAACACCCUGUGGCGGCGGUUACGGCAGCUCAUCCCCCUAUACUAACGGUUCAUGUCCCCAACCCCAGCAACAACAGCAACCAGGGCUGCAUUCGGGUUCUCCUAGCUCGGUGGGAAGUCAACUAUCGAUCCCACAGCCGAAUUUGAUGAGCGCCCAGGGAGCGAUGGCGUCUACAACGACAGCGCCAACAACUGGAGUAGGAGGUUCCACGCCAGCUGCUGCUACUACCGGUGGUGGCACUGGUUCCGCUGCUAAGAGGCCGGCGCGCAGAAAUCCUUGGGGUUCGGAGACCUACUCGGACCUCAUUGCUAAGGCAAUUGAAUCGUACCCAGAGAAACAAGCAACGUUACAACAGAUCUACGAUUACAUUUCUACCAACUACACCUACUUCAGGGAGCGUAGUGAUCCGCCCGCCUCGGCUGGAUGGAAAGUGAGUGCUGGUUUUUGGGCAAGUGGUAGGCAGCUAUGGUGGGAUACUUGA